AUGCUUUUGGAAAUUGACACAAUCUUUCCUAAAUCUUCUGAAAAAUUGCAUGUGUCACAUGAUAUUUCAAAACUAAAAUAUUGUAAAGCAAUAAUUAAAGAAACUCUUCGCAUAUUGCCCGCAACGUAUGUUAUACCCCGCUGCACUCUUGAAGAGUGUGAAAUUGCUGGAUAUAAAUGGCCCGCUGGUACACUGUUUCAAUUGAAUCGUUUAGCAGCGAAUAAAAAUCCAGAAUUUUGGUCAAAUCCUGAAAUUUUCGAUCCGGAAAGGUUUUAUGAUGAUAAUAAAUAUGAUAAAAAAAUUAACGAUAAAAAUUUAGCGAUAUUUGGUGGAAGUCAACGAAUUUGUCCUGGUAGAAAAUUUGGAAUGACAGAAUUACUCUUAUUAAUGGUAUUAGUAUUUAAAAAUUAUAAUGUCGAGUUGGUGAAUAAGAAUGAGCCAUUAAAAGUUAGAACUGGAAUUUCCAUAAUCUGUAAGGAGCUGAAAGUUAGAAUUAAUCCUCGAAAUUGA